AUGUUUUUCGUACCUACUGUUGCUGAACCACAGCAUGCUAAAACUUUCUCCUAUUUGGCUGAUGGUAUCAUCCAUGAUGUUCCAAUUGAAGUGGUUAAGGAGAUCAUUAUUGAAAAUGACUUGACGGAAGCCGAACUUGAGACCUAUGUCAAGACUUUGACAAGACCUUCUCAGCUUCCGAAGUUUCAAGAGUGUGUCCUAAAAACUAUAAAUAACAAUACUACUAACGCCACCAGGAUGUUUGUGACGUUGAUGAACAUUUUCGAGUCGAGAAUAUUGGCUCCCACUUUGACCAACUCCAUAACUUUGGUCAAGGAUAUGACCGUAAAAGAGCGUGAAAAGUUGUUGAUGUCCUGGCGUGAUUCUCCUGUCAGUCUCAAGAGAAGAUUGUUUAGACUAGUUUUUUCGUUAACCGUGAAGAAUUUUGCCGACAUGGGAGAUUUGGGUGGUGAGUUGCACAACAAGGCUAUUCGUUACCCUGGUAAAUCUAUUCGUGAAACCGCUUACGAUGGCCACGUUCCUGACGAUUUUAAAUACGAUUUCUUGAAGAAGCCGCAAUUUGACGGUGCUGAAUUGUACUUGCCAGACAUUGACGUGCUCAUCGUUGGAUCCGGUGCUGGUGCCGGUGUCAUUGCUCAUACUUUGGCAAAUGACGGAUACAAGUCGUUGAUUGUGGAGAAGGGUAAAUACUUCCUGCCUGACGAGUUUGUUAUGAGCGAUGGGGAAGGUAUUGAAAACUUGUACCAAGGUAGCGGUACCGUUAGCACUGAGUCUCAGUCGCUUUUCAUUUUGGCCGGUGCCACUUUUGGUGGUGGUACCACCGUCAAUUGGUCGGCAUGUUUGACCACCCCAUUCAAGGUGAGAAAGGAAUGGUACGAUGACUAUGGUGUCGAGUUUGCCGCUACUGAUACGUACGAUAAAUGCCAAGAUUACGUUUGGAGACAAAUGGGGGCCUCUACCGAGGGAAUCACCCAUUCCUUGGCCAACAAGAUUAUCAUUGAUGGUGGCAAAAAAUUGGGCUACCAAAGUAGAGCCAUUGCUCAAAACAGCGGUGGCCACAUUCACCAUCCAUGUGGCCACUGUUUUAUUGGUUGCAGAUACGGAAUCAAGCAAGGCUCUGCAGUUAACUGGUUUAAAGAUGCUGCCAAGACUGGAUCUCAAUUUAUGCAGCAAGUUAGAGUCAUUCGUAUCCUACACGAAAAGGGGGUCGCUACUGGUGUCUUGUGUCAAGACACGGAAACCGGCGUCAAGUUCACCAUUUCUGGUCCCAAGAAAUACGUUGUUGCCGGAGGUUCAUUAAUGACACCAGUGGUUUUACAAAACUCUGGCUUCAAAAACAAGAAUAUCGGUAAGAAUUUGACUUUGCAUCCAGUCACCGCCGUGUUUGGUGAUUUUGGACGUGACGUGCAAGCUAACCACUAUGACCACUCAAUCAUGACCUCGGUGUGUACCCAAGUGGACGACUUGGAUGGAAAAGCCCAUGGUGCCAAGAUUGAAACGAUUCUCAACACCCCAGGUAUUCAGGCUGUCUUCUUGCCUUGGAGGGGUAACGAAGAAGCUAGAAGAGACUUGUUGCGUUAUAACCACAUGUGUGCCAUGUUGUUGAUUACCCGUGACACUUCAACCGGUUCCGUUACCGGAGAUCCACACAGACCAGAUGCGUUGUACAUUGAUUAUGACGUUUCCAAAUUUGAUAGGAAUGCCUUGUUGCAAGCCAUGCUCAUCACUUCAGACAUGCUUUAUAUCGAAGGUGCAGUGAGGAUAUUGAGUCCUCAGCCCUGGGUGCCAAUUUUCCACUCGGACAUCCCCAAGGACCAAAGAUCCAUCACCGAUAAGGACUAUGUCGAGUGGAGAGAAAAAGUCGCCAAGAUCCCCCUUCUUCAAUAUGGAACUCCAUUUGGCUCAGCACAUCAAAUGUCGAGUUGUAGAAUGUCGGGUAAAGGCCCCAAGUUUGGAGCUUGUGACACUAGUGGUAGAUUGUUUGAGGCAUCCAAUGUCUAUGUUGGUGAUGCAAGUUUGUUGCCUACUGCUAGUGGUGCCAAUCCUAUGAUUACAACCAUGACGGUGGCCAGACAUGUUGGUUUGCAAAUAUGCGACUCAUUAAAAGUCAAGGCCAAAUUUUAG